AUGAGCUCUAGUGACGAAGAUGAAAAGUUCUUGUAUGGGUCUGAUGAUGAAGGUGCACCGGCCACUGCGAGCGACAAGAAACGGAAUAUAAGUAAAAGCGAAGAACCCGCAGUAAAGCGAGCUAAGAACAAUGAAGCUAAGACAGUAGGGUCGAGCAGUAGUAGCGACGAAGAAUCUAGUGAUGAGGAAAAUUCUGAGGAUGAGUCAGAUGUUGAGUUCAUCAUUGGAGUUGGUACAGACAGCUCUAAGUUGGACUCAAAACAGGCUGGGGCUUCAACCUCAACGGCAGGUUCGAAGCCCACAACCAUAGCGGCCCCAACACUGGAAGUUGCGACUGCUCUUGAAGAAACUGAUGCCCUGACCGCGAAUGGCAGCGGUGAAGGACUGGGAGAUGAAACUGUAGAAGAUACACCCCAAGCUCAGCCCGGCACGGAAAGACAUCCCGUACUGGAUCUAAACGCUCCUGGUAAACUCGGAGAUCAAUUAGUGACUGAUAUCGACCCAGAAGUUCUCAAGGAAAAACCUUGGCGCCAGCCGGGUGCGAAUCUCAGCGAUUAUUUCAACUAUGGGUUCAACGAGCAGACAUGGAUAGAAUAUCUUCAUAAACAGGAAAAACUGCGCGCUGAAUAUAACCCACACAAAUUGCUUGUGGGACUAUUAGCGCUGCAACAACAAGGCAAGCUUAAUGAUUCUGGAUCUGAUGGAAAGGGCCAAGAUAAUGGCCCGCCCAGCAUGGCUCCGCCUGGUUUUCCUAUGGGUAUGCCGCCUAUGUUUGGAGGCUUUCCCUUCCCUUUUCCUGGCAUGAUGAACAAUAUGAACCCACAACAGAAAAAGUAG